CUGGGGGGUAAAGGGGCCGGACUGAUACUUGGGGAAUAUACGAAGAUUCAUUAAAGGCAGCGGGGUCAUAAAACUGCAGCGUCUGGCUUGAAGCGCUUGGAGCUGCAGGUCUGGGUCCUGCCACUGGAUUUCCCCCCUCGACUUUUUAGGAAGGGUGAAUGCUGAAUGGUCCGGCUUCUGUAACUGGGGACAUAAAUCAGUAAAACACUGAGAGCAGCUCCGCUCCACUCGCACCUUCUUCCUCCCACAAGGGUCCCGCAUGUCUAAUAUUUAGACAUGUUCAGCUUUAUGGAUUCCAGGACUCUACUGCUACUUGCAGCAACUCAAGUUUGUCUAUUAGCCGUUGUGAGAUGCCAGGAUUAUGACCAAGAGGAUGCUUUUAGCUGUCAACAAGAUGGACAGCGUUUUAAUGACAAGGACAUUUGGAAACCAGAGCCUUGUCGCAUCUGUGUGUGUGACACUGGAACAGUCCUGUGUGAUGAAAUUGUCUGCGAGGAGCUAAAAGACUGCCCCAAACCUGAGAUCCCAUUUGGAGAGUGUUGCCCCAUCUGCGUUGCUGACCAGCCCACAUCUUCUGGACCAGGAGCUAAGGGUCAGAAAGGUGAACCUGGAGACAUUACAGAUGUUGUAGGACCAAGAGGACCAGCUGGCCCAAUGGGCCCACCUGGAGAGCAAGGACCCCGCGGAUCAAGAGGAGAGAAAGGAGAGAAGGGAAGCCCUGGUCCUCGCGGCAGAGAUGGUGAACCUGGCACCCCUGGAAACCCCGGACCCCCUGGACCUCCUGGACCUAACGGACCCCCUGGCCUUGGUGGAAACUUUGCUGCUCAGAUGGCGGGCGGUUUCGAUGAGAAGGCUGGCGGCGCUCAGAUGGGCGUGAUGCAAGGACCAAUGGGCCCUAUGGGACCCAGAGGACCACCUGGCUCCACCGGAUCACCUGGCCCACAAGGUUUCCAAGGCAGCCCAGGCGAGGCUGGAGAACCCGGACAAGCCGGCCCCAUGGGUCCCCGCGGCCCCUCAGGACCUCCCGGAAAACCUGGAGAGGACGGUGAAGCUGGUAAACCAGGUAAACCUGGUGAACGAGGACCUUCAGGACCUCAGGGAGCGCGUGGAUUCCCAGGAACUCCUGGUCUGCCUGGAAUCAAGGGGCACAGAGGUUAUCCAGGUCUCGAUGGUAUGAAGGGAGAGACCGGUGCUGUCGGCUCUAAGGGAGAGUCUGGUGCUCCAGGAGAGAGCGGUGCACCUGGACCAAUGGGACCUCGUGGUUUACCUGGUGAGAGAGGACGUCCUGGACCCUCUGGAGUUGCUGGCGCUCGUGGAAACGAUGGCUUGCCUGGACCUGCUGGUCCUCCUGGUCCAGUUGGUACAGCUGGAGCUCCUGGCUUCCCUGGCUCUCCUGGUUCAAAGGGGGAAGCUGGGCCGACUGGUGCUCGUGGACCGGAGGGAGCUCAGGGACCCCGUGGAGAGUCUGGUACUCCAGGAUCACCUGGACCAUCUGGAGCUUCUGGUAACCCUGGCACUGAUGGAAUCCCUGGAGCUAAAGGCUCAUCUGGUGCUCCAGGUAUCGCUGGUGCUCCUGGUUUUCCUGGACCUCGUGGGCCUCCUGGGCCCCAGGGAGCAACUGGACCUCUCGGGCCCAAAGGAACAUCUGGAGAUCCAGGAUUCCCUGGGUUUAAAGGAGAGGCUGGGCCCAAAGGAGAAAUUGGACCAGUUGGACUUCAGGGUGCUCCGGGUCCACAAGGAGAGGAAGGCAAGAGAGGCCCCAGAGGAGAGCCUGGUGCUGCUGGACCACUGGGACCUCCUGGAGAAAGAGGAGCUCCUGGAAACCGUGGUUUCCCUGGUCAAGAUGGUCUGGCUGGUCCCAAGGGGGCUCCUGGAGAACGUGGAACCUCUGGAGCCGGCGGCCCCAAGGGUGCCACUGGUGACCCAGGCCGUCCUGGAGAGCCCGGUCUUCCUGGAGCCAGGGGCCUAACUGGUCGUCCCGGUGAUGCUGGACCUCAAGGCAAAGUUGGACCCUCUGGAGCUGCCGGUGAGGAUGGACGUCCAGGACCCCCGGGCCCUCAGGGAGCCCGUGGACAGCCUGGUGUCAUGGGAUUCCCCGGACCCAAGGGAGCAACUGGUGAACCAGGCAAGUCUGGGGACAAAGGACUGGCUGGAGCUCCUGGUCUGAGAGGGCUGCCUGGAAAAGAUGGAGAGACUGGCUCUGCUGGACCUCCUGGCCCCGCCGGCCCUGCUGGGGAGAGAGGAGAGCAAGGACAGCCUGGUCCUUCAGGCUUCCAGGGUCUUCCUGGACCUCCUGGCCCUCCUGGAGAGGGAGGCAAACCUGGAGACCAGGGUGUUCCUGGAGAGGGGGGACCCGCUGGUGCCACCGGACCCAGAGGUGAGCGAGGUUUCCCCGGAGAGAGAGGAGCUGCUGGCCCUCAGGGUCUGCAGGGACCCAGAGGCCUGCCUGGAACUCCUGGAACUGACGGACCCAAAGGAGCCAUUGGACCUGCUGGAAGUGGGGGUGCUCAGGGGCCUCCAGGUCUGCAGGGUAUGCCCGGAGAGAGAGGAAGUGCUGGCAUUCCGGGACCCAAAGGAGACAGAGGUGAUGUUGGAGAGAAAGGACCAGAAGGUGCUUCUGGCAAAGAUGGUUCCAGAGGUCUCACUGGUCCCAUUGGUCCUCCUGGUCCUUCUGGUCCUAAUGGUGAGAAGGGCGAAUCUGGACCUGCUGGACCUUCUGGAGCUGCUGGUGUCCGUGGUGCUCCUGGUGACAGGGGUGAGACUGGACCUCCUGGACCUGCUGGCUUCGCUGGACCACCAGGUGCUGAUGGGCAACCUGGAACCAAAGGAGAGCAGGGAGAAUCUGGACAAAAAGGAGAUGCCGGUUCCCCCGGACCCCAAGGACCAUCUGGUGCUCCAGGACCUGCAGGUCCUACAGGAGUCUCUGGACCUAAAGGUGCUCGUGGUGCUCAGGGACCUUCUGGUGCGACUGGUUUCCCUGGUGCUGCGGGUCGAGUUGGACCUCCUGGUCCAAAUGGUAAUCCUGGGCCUGCUGGUCCAGCGGGGCCUCCUGGUAAAGAUGGACCCAAGGGUGUGAGAGGAGAUGGUGGACCUCCAGGCAGGCAAGGUGAUGCUGGACUUCGUGGUCCUGCAGGACCUCCAGGAGAGAAAGGAGAUGCUGGAGAAGAUGGUCCUCCUGGUCCUCUUGGUCCAUCAGGUCCUCAGGGGUUGGCUGGUCAGCGCGGUAUCGUUGGUUUGCCCGGACAGAGAGGUGAAAGAGGUUUCCCUGGUCUGCCUGGACCUUCUGGGGAGCCUGGAAAGCAGGGAAGUUCUGGUGGUGCAGGUGACCGCGGACCUCCUGGACCUGUCGGACCACCUGGACUCACUGGACCUGCAGGAGAACCUGGCAGAGAGGGCAACCCUGGAUCUGAUGGGCCUCCCGGUAGAGACGGUUCUCCUGGAAUCAAGGGCGACCGUGGCAACACAGGUCCUGCAGGUGCUCCUGGUGCUCCAGGUGCUCCUGGUUCUCCGGGCCCAGUGGGUCCUACCGGCAAACAGGGAGACAGAGGAGAGCCUGGUGCACAAGGACCUGCUGGAUCUCCGGGACCUGCUGGAGCCCGAGGAAUGCCUGGACCCCAAGGACCCCGUGGAGACAAGGGAGAGGCUGGGGAGUCUGGGGAGAGAGGACAGAAGGGACACAGAGGCUUCACUGGUUUGCAGGGUCUCCCUGGCCCCCCGGGUCAAUCUGGAGACCAGGGUGCUACUGGACCUGCUGGGCCUGCUGGACAAAGAGGACCACCUGGACCUGUUGGCCCUGCAGGAAAGGAUGGUUCAAACGGUAUGCCAGGACCCAUCGGUCCUCCAGGACCUCGUGGUCGCUCUGGAGAAACUGGACCAUCUGGUCCUCCUGGAAACCCCGGACCCCCUGGUCCUCCCGGUCCCCCCGGUCCCGGUAUUGACAUGUCAGCCUUUGCCGGUCUGGGCCAGACCGAGAAGUCCCCCGAUCCUCUCAGGUAUAUGAGAGCUGACCAGGCCGCCGGAAACCUCCGCCAGCAUGACGCUGAGGUCGAUGCCACGCUGAAAUCUCUCAACAACCAGAUUGAGAACAUUCGCAGCCCAGAGGGAUCCAAGAAGAAUCCUGCUCGCACCUGCAGAGAUCUGAAGCUCUGCCAUCCAGACUGGAAGAGCGGUGAGUACUGGAUUGAUCCCAAUCAGGGCUGCACCGUAGAUGCAAUCAAGGUCUUCUGCAACAUGGAGACAGGAGAGUCCUGCAUCUCCCCCAAGCCAUCAAAGAUCCCUCGCAAGAACUGGUGGUCCAGCAAGAGCAAAGACCGCAAACACAUCUGGUUUGGGGAGACGAUGAAUGGAGGAUUCCACUUUGGCUACGGUGAUGACAGCCUGGCGCCCAACACUGCUGCCAUUCAGAUGACUUUCCUGAGACUUCUGUCCACCGAGGCUUCUCAGAACCUCACCUACCACUGCAAGAACAGCAUUGCCUACAUGGACGCCUCGACGGGCAACCUGAAGAAGGCCGUGCUGCUCCAGGGCUCUAAUGAUGUGGAGAUCAGAGCUGAGGGCAACAGCCGCUUCACUUAUAGCGUCAUGGAAGAUGGCUGCACGAGACACACAGGACACUGGGGCAAGACGGUAAUCGAAUACAGGUCACAGAAGACCUCUCGUUUGCCCCUUGUGGACAUUGCCCCCAUGGAUAUUGGUGGAGCGGACCAGGAGUUUGGAGUCGACGUCGGACCAGUUUGCUUCUUGUAAAAAACGAGUGAUCAAACAGAAAAGGAAGAAGUUGGAAAUCUUAGGAGGGGAGUGACUGAGGAGCCCACUUCAGAAGGAGAGAAAACAACAAAUUGAGACAUUUUUUAUUUUAAAUGGGACUUAUUUUCUAAGUAAAAGUGCUUUUUUUUUUCAAGCCAAACUUCGUAGGAUAUCUGCACUGAAUGGCUCCAGCAUCUGUCGUUUGUGAUUCAUCAUCCAGCAUUGCCUUCAGUCACCAGUCCCUCUCUAUAUGGAUACCCUCCUUAUAACCCCACUUUUCAUUCAGCAUCACUCCCUCCCUACACUUCUACUUUCCUCACGUCUCGGACCAAACAGGAGGAAAUAUGAGGAGAGUAAUGGACCGUACCUGGGUAAAAGAGAGAGAGAGCAAAGUGUUGGUUUUAUUUAUUUAUUGUUUAUGUGUGGAUCCCAGGUGUGAGAGUACUGUGGCAAAGUCCCAACAGAAUAAGUUUGCUUACACAUAUUUAAAACAAAACUCUUCCUCUUUGCUUCCUCCUCUUCUCUAAUCACCCUCAUCUUUCUUGUGUCGCAUCUACUAAAGGAAAAAAGCAUUUUGUUAAAACCAAAAAUCUAAAAUGUACUGUAGAGUUCAGGUGUUCUUAUUUCUACCGCAAUAGUGUGUAUCAAAUAAAAUACUGUGUAUUAUAAUAAAAUCAAUGGUGCUAUUGUUGUAAAA